AAACCCCGUCCGAAGCUGUGCCGGACAUGUCCGGCGUCGAAAGCCAUGGGGACAGCGCGCCAAAGAAGCGCCGCGCUGCGUCGAACCCAUCAGCGCAAAAGAGGCCUCGUGGCCUGCAACGUCUGCGCAGCUUCUCAAAGGGCUUGGCGUAUGCGCACAGCCAGGCGUAUCACCACGUCUGCGGCCCCGAGUGGAUUCGCACCUUGCGGGGUGAGCUGCUGGGGCGUUCGGUCGCGGUGAUCCUCUGUGGUGAGUCCCAUGAAGAUGCGCUGGACUUGACCCGGAAGAAGUGCGUCAUCGAACCCGAGAAGGGCUGGCACUUUGUGGGCGACCACGCGGAGGCUCUCGGGCAGCAAAUGGCCACGAAGGAUUGCGCCACGCUGAAAGGCGCCAAGAACUGGGCUGCGGAGACGGUGGAUGACGCGGAGGACAGCGAGGAAGAUGACCUGAUCGGUGCUAAGCUGAUUUUCCAGGCUGGCGAUCGGCCGGGCGCCAAGGGAACGGCGCGCGUCUAUCGACCCAGUCAACCUUGGCAUCGGCACAGUCCACAUCUGAGGCCACACAGAAGUCCUCGUUUGGGACCCCAUUCGCCUCCUCCGAUUGCAGAUGUGACAACACCCAAGCUGCAAGUCUUCGAGUGGUCUGACUUAGAUAAGGAGGCGGAGAAUUACAACAAGCGGCGCCUGCGUGGGGAGGAGAUCCCUGUGGAGGAACACGAUGCACUGAUUGCCUCGCGCAAAGCAGCGAGGCUGGCUGAAGGCAUCGAGCUUUUUGAUGAUUGGCUGCUGCGACAUGCUGGCUCUCCCAAACCAGGCCGACGCUUGGAGGUUGUCAUUGAGGCGCACGUGCCGGCCAGUGAGGUGGAAUUCCAUGAGGAGAAGCACCUCCCAAAGCCUUCGACAGAGCCGGCAGAGCCACGGCCCCACGAAGCUUUGCAGAGAUUGGAGCUGGACUCGGAUGGCGACUCGGAGGACGAGAAGGAUCCAGACGAUGGCACAGGCACUUACCUGGAUUUCCUACGUCGAAGGCUGCUGCAGAACUGGCCGGGGCGGGUGAGGCACAUUGACCCACGAGAUUUGGGCGAUGAUGAUCACGAAGACCUUCGUGAUGCUUUUCAGGCUCUGUUGCCACAUCCUCUGCCCCCAGAUGCGGAGCAGUUGGCAGUCGAGGAAGAGGGUCUCAAGGAGCCUGAGACAGGCAAUGCGACUGGCCUGGUGGCCUCGCGAAAGGCCAGGCGUGCGGAGCGUCCCACGCCGUUGCCUUCUUGGGAGGCCUUCUUUGGGACGGCUUCGGAACUCUUGUACUACUCGCCCUAUGUCAAGGCAGACUACGUUCCCUUCCUGGCCGGUUGCAUCAUCGAUGGUUCAGAUGCCAAAGCUGCUCUGCUGGACUUCUUUCGGAGUCUUCUCUUUGGCACGGUACCAGAGGCCAUCGUUAAGCUGCAUCUUGAAGGUGAGCGCCGGUCCAUGGCAUGCCUGAGAUCCCUGACCUAUCGGGAGGCCAGCGGAACGCUCUGGCGCCGGCCUGGGGACGGCGGUUUGGUGCCGGUUCGCCGGGCUCCUCUGCACGGUUAUUUGAAAGCCAAAGGAUCAGAUCCACCGAGGACCUGGAUCUCUGGCCUAGCACAAGGUUUGCAGCAGCAGGGGGCUGAGGCGCUGGUGCAUCAGGCAGAGGACUGGUACUUUCGCUCGGUGGAAGAGUUGCUUGCAGACCCCAAGGGGGCUGAUGCAGAUGGUGACUACUUCAUGGCCUGGUUACGUGAGUGCCACCGCGAGGUUUACGCAGACAUAGACAGGAGCGAUCCGAAAGAGUUGCGAACUCUGAAGAAAGCCAGGAGCAAGAGCAAAAAGUCCAAGCACUACGACUUGGCGAGCAUUCGUAUUCCCAAUCUGCAGGAGGCAUUCGAGGAGCUCGCUGCAUUUCAUCCGUCGACUCAAGCCGCAAGCCGGAGACAGCGGGUCUUGGCCAAGAUCAUCAUCGACAGCUUCCAGCUGCGCCUGGUGGAUUUGGCAGCGGUGCUGACCAUGGCGGAGUGUAUGCUGGAAGCCAAAGAGGGUGAGGAGGUGGUGGUCGUGCUCUAUGCUGGAGGAGCUCACACGCAAUGCGUGGAGAGGUUUUGGAGGAGCCAAGGCUUUUCCAGCGAUGGCCUACCCAAGCGAGGUCUAGUUGGAAAGGAAGAUUGGGACGAUGAUGAGCCACGAGGUCAUGGUUCCUCUCCAAGCCCUUUCCAUAUAAUGUGAAUCCUUGAGGAGUUCUGCAAGCUGGGCGAGGGGCAGAGGGGAUGGUGCUAUCAUCAGCUGCCUGGUGGUCGAGCGAGUCCUGGAGUCAAGUAUGACCAAAUCUAUCAAUGGCGAACCUGGCAAAAUGAGAGAACUUUGCAUGUUCUGCUGUCGCAGCAUUUUCCCGACAGGCGAAAAUAGCUGGGGGGCCUCUCUCCAGGCUCUUCCGGCAAAAACGCUGGAAUGGAAGCCUUUCCAAUGCCAAUCUAGAUGAUGCCGGAUGUAGUGGCACCGGCACCCUGACCCAUUGGGCAACAUUUUUAAUUUGCCCAAUGAGCUGCCUAGCUGGGAACAGUUCAUGCUUUCAAG